GACAGAGAGAGAGGGGAGGAAGACGAUAGAAUGAAUCAAAGAGAUGGACAGAGUCUAAUGUUUCCUACAUUUUGACAGUAGUGACAUCUCCUGCUGUAGAACUGCUGUGGUGGAUUUGACAGUUGCUCAGUCUUUUUGCUUGCGGUUUUCUCUCUGGUUCCUUGGAUGCUGCAGGAUUGAUGGAGAUACAACAGAGUCACUCAGCACUGCCGUACACCUGGAGACAAGAGCUGCACUGACAGAGGUCUGCUAAGUGGUCAAAACAAAGUUGGUGGACGGACAGAAUACGCGUCCACACGCGUACGUCCUCGGCGCGGCUCUCAGGAUAAUUAUCUGGCCAAUAAGGAGUGGUGAGGCGCAAGGCAAGCCAGUCAGGGAGAGAUGUUGGGGCAGGGCAGGCAUACGGCCCUGGCUCUCAUGUCUUUACUGCUUCUAUUGUGGCAUGAGGCAACACCCAUUGAAGUCCCACAAGACCCAAAGAUCCAGCAAGACCUGAAGCAACCCCCCACUAUAGUCAAACAGUCAGUGAAGGACUACAUUGUCGACCCAAGAGAUAACAUCAUAAUCGAGUGUGAGGCCAAGGGCAACCCAGUACCAUCGUUUUCAUGGCGAAGGAAUGGGAAGUUCUUCAACAUUGGGAAAGAUCCCAGGGUGACUAUGCGAAAACGCUCGGGAACACUGGAGAUUGGUUUCCGUAGCGGAGGGCGACCAGAGGACUAUGAAGGAGAGUACCAGUGUUUCACUAGCAAUGACUUUGGAGCAGCUCUGUCCAACAAAAUCCUGCUGCGGGUCUCAAAGGCUCCUCUGUGGCCCAAGGAAGUGUUGGAGCCAGUGGUGGUGACUGAAGGCUCCCCACUGGUUCUACCCUGUAACCCCCCACCAGGUCUUCCUCCUCCGUUCACCUUCUGGAUGAACAGUGCUAUGACCCCAAUACCACAAGAUAAGAGAGUGUCCAUGGGUUUGAAUGGAGACCUGUACUUCUCCAAUGUUGUUGCUCAAGAUGCUCACACAGACUACAGCUGCAAUGCUCGCUUCCUCUUCACACACACCAUCCAGCAGAAGAACCCCUUCACACUCAAAGUUCUCACCAAGGAGCCAUAUAAUGACACAUCUUACAAUGCCACUGACCCAUAUGGUGGCCGUAAAGUAGCCGAGUCCACACCGACCUUCCUCUCACCGUCAGGCAGUGAGAGCUCUAAAAUGGUGCUACGAGACGAGCAACUGCUACUGGAGUGUAUCGCUGCUGGACUGCCAACUCCUACCAUCAAGUGGUUCAAAAAGGGCGGGGACCUGCCGGGACAUAAAGUGAAGUUCGAGAAUUUCAACAAGACCCUGAAGAUUAUCAGUGUGUCAGAGGAGGAUGCUGGGGAGUAUGUGUGCAUGGCCAACAGUCAUUUAGGCAGCAUACGCCACAGCAUCUCUGUCCAGGUUAAAGCGGCCCCUUACUGGCUGGACAAACCUACCGACCUGGUGCUAGCCCCGGAUGAGAAUGGCCGCCUGGUGUGUAGGGCUAACGGGAACCCUAAACCUACUAUUCAGUGGCUGAUCAAUGGGCAACCUAUAGACAGCUCCCCCCUUAACCCAAGCAGACAGGUGCUGGGUGACACCAUCAUCUUCCGCUCAGUGCAAAUGGGAAGCAGUGCUGUCUAUCAGUGCAACGCCUCCAACCAGCAUGGGUAUCUGUUGGCCAAUGCCUUUGUCAGUAUUCUCGACAUGCCUCCUAGGAUGCUGGGCCCUAAAAAUCAACUGAUUAAAGUCAUUGAGAACAACCGCACCUUUUUGGAUUGUCCAUUCUUUGGUUCCCCUCUGCCUGAGUUACGCUGGUUUAAGAAUGGACAGGGCAGUGGGCUGGAUGGCGGUCAGUACCGUGUUUACAUCAACGGCACCCUGGAGAUCAAAAGGGCUCGAGCAGAGGAUGAGGGCACAUACACAUGUGUUGCCAACAGCAUCCUGGGCAAAGCCGAGAACCAGGUCCGCCUGGAGGUCAAAGAGCAAACUCGUAUAGUCAAAUUCCCUGAGCAUCAGUCAGCCAUCAGGGGCUCCACAGCUCGUUUCAACUGUAAAGUGAAGUCGGAUCCCAGCCUGCCUGUCACUGUGACCUGGACCAAGGAUGACAAGUUUCUCUAUCUAGGAUGGAGGCUGAGGAAGGACGAUGAGUCACUGACUAUCCCCAAUGUGAAUGAGGGUGAUGAGGGAACAUACACCUGCACUGUUAAAUCUGAGAUUGACGAGGACUCUGCAUCUGCCCGCCUGACUGUGUUAGAGGAAGCCUCCCUCAACCCCUCAGUCUCUAGUGCCUUGCCUCCAGACCGCCCAGACCCUCCUAUGGAUCUAGAUCUAUCUGACCCAGCAGCCCGCAGUGUUCGCCUCACCUGGAUCCCCGGAAAUGAUCACAGGAGCACCAUCACAGAGUUCUUGGUCGAGUUUGAGGAGGACCGCUGGGAGCCAGGCAGGUGGCAGAACCUGUCCACUUACCCUGGGGACCUCAACUCUGUCAUCCUGCAGCUCGCCCCCUUUGUCAACUACCAGUUCAGGGUCAUCGCCAUCAAUUCAGUGGGCCAGAGUCAACCCAGCAGUCCGUCACCAAGAUACAAGACCAGUGGAGCGGCUCCAGAUGUAAUUCCAAGAGGUCUUAGAGGAUGGGGCUCCAAGAAGGACAACAUGGAGAUCACUUGGGAGCCACUGCUUGAUCUGGAGAGAAAUGGCCAAAACCUACACUACAACGUGUGGUGGAGACGGAAGGAUGUGGGGGAAGAGUGGAGUAAUAUGACCACAGAGGGGUCCAAACAUAUCAUCCACAACACAGAAACCUAUGUGCCUUAUGAGAUCAAAGUCCAGGCCAGAAAUGAGUUUGGACCAGGACCUGAAUCUAAUAUGGUCAUUGGAUACUCUGGAGAGGACAAGCCCACAGACGCGCCCACUGAUUUGAGGGUAUCAAAGGUCGACAGCACCAAAGCAAACAUCCACUGGAAGUCUGUGGACCCAAACUCUGUCCAGGGAGAGUUCAAAGAGUACAGGCUGUAUUACUGCCGUGAGUCCAGUCUUGUCCCAGGUUUGAUGGUCAGUAAGGAGAAUAAGACCAAAGGAUUCUACAGCACCACGCCCCAGCCAUCUAGCAUCCUCAGUGACCUGGUGCCCUAUUCUAAAUAUAAGAUGUUUAUAGUUGUGGCCAACAGCCGCUUUGAGGGCCCUCCCAGCAACAGUGUGGAGUUCUCCACCAAAGAAGGAGUUCCUGAUGCUCCAAGGUUCUUCAGGAUCAACCGAAGGAGUUUUGACACUAUCUACUUGGAGUGGGACAAACCUCUGGAGCCAAAUGGCAUUCUAACAGGAUACCAACUCAAAUAUCAAACAGUCAAUGGUUCCAGGGUGGGUCGACAACAGCUGGAGACCUUUCUUCCAAAUAUGACAGACUUCACCCUUCGUCUGCCAGAUCGAUCUACCCGCUAUAAGUUCUUACUGUCAGCGCUCACACAGGUGGGAGCAGGAGAGGUCUACGCUGAGGAGUCCCCACACUUCACCAAUGAGGAACAUUUUACUGAUACUACAGGUCUAGUCAACCUUACAGAUGCCUCUGUGGCUUCAACUUUCACUCCCACUCCUCCUCCUCUCGCUUCUCUUCCUCCUACUACCAUCGCUCCUACAACCAUCGCUCCUACAACCAUCGCUCCUACAACCAUUAGCUCCUCAACUACUACCACUCCUAAAGCUACAACUUCUCCUUCUACCACUACUUCUACUACAACAACUCCUACUACCGCCACCACUGCAACUGAGGCGACAACUACCACCACACCUCUUGUGCUAAUCACCACCAGGCGUACCGAUCAGAAUGUGUUGGUGGCCCCUGGGCGGCAGAUCUGGGAUCUGACGGUGGAGCCUAACAGUAACUACGCUAACGUCAGCUGGAGACACAACUUCCCGGCCGGCAGCAGCGAGUUUGUGCUAGAGUUCACACUGGACAGCGACAAGACGGUGAAAGUUGUACCAGUGAAUCAACAGCCCCCAAUUAGAGUGGCGGAUCUGAUCGCAGGUGCCGCGUACCGUCUGAGGGUUUACUCCCAUGAACUCAACAGCAUCAGCAGCAAUUAUUUCACCUUUAAGACCAAAGCAGCUUACAUAGACCAGGUAGACAUCGCCACUCAGGGCUGGUUCAUUGGCUUGAUGUGUGCCAUUGCGCUCAUCAUACUGAUCCUCCUCAUCGUUUGCUUCAUCAAAAGGAGUCGUGGUGGCAAAUAUCCAGGUGGCUGCUGUGUGACUGGUUUCGCAAAAUAUCUCGUGCGUGACAAAAAAGAUCUCCCCUUAGACUCAGUGGACCAGAAAGACCAGGAUGGAUCCUUUGAUUACCAAAAUGGGUCAUCUGUCCCUGACAGGAACGAAAACGAAAACAGCAGCGAUGAGGACAACAAGCCUCUGCAGGGCAGCCAGACUUCGCUGGAUGGCAAUGUGAAGGAAAGCGACGACAGCCUGGUGGACUAUGGUGAAGGUGGCGAUGGUCAGUUCAACGAGGAUGGCUCUUUUAUUGGCCAGUACACAGUGAAGAAGGACAAGGAUGAGACAGAGGGCAACGAGAGCUCCGAGGCAACUUCGCCUGUCAAUGCCAUCUACUCACUGGCAUAGCCUCCCAGCAGCACAUGGGGGACUAAGUACCCCCCAAAAUCCACCCAGUGAUUUUAGGGUUUUACAACAGCACCAUAUACCCCCCACCCAAACACACACACACAGACAAACACACACAAAUAUAUUACUGUAUAAAACACCAAUAACACAGAAGAAAUGCAGCAGGGCCUGUCAGGAGACUGUGUAGACUUUAGACUUUCCUCUGAUGAUAACAAGGAGAAACUUGGGAGUGCAAUUAGACCACAAGCCUUUACUUUUUGUUUCCAGCUCUAAAAUAUGGCCCAUCUGAGGUGAUGUUUGGACAAAGUGGACAGUGCUUGUUUUGCUCUGUGCUCUGCCUGCCCUUUACCCACACAGACUUGAAGUGUGCCUUCUGGGCAGCUUCCAGUAUUUGGAGGCAUCUACAAGUGUUAUUUAGAGAUUUUUCCUUUGUUUGUUCCAGGUCUGAACAUUGUCAGUGUCACUGCUCUCCUUCCUGAUGCGCCCCUCAUACAUCAGUGUAGCAUCCCAGUUAAGUACACACAGUGGUUAGACACAAACCCCCCCCACAUACACACACACACACUCGCCCCAUGUUUUAACAUAUCAGCUUCUAACCAUCAAACUCAACAGGAUGCUGGCAGAUAUGUUUAUCAUAUUGAUAUUUAAGCAAUGAAAGAUUUUAGUUUUUCCACAGCUGGUAGAUGAGUCAUUGAAUCUUAAUGAAUGCUGUACACAGUCCUGGCACACAUUUUAGUGCCCCGCAAAACUAUGCACUGUCACUUCCUCAAUACCAUUAUGAUUUAAAUCUGGUCAGUUAACAGUACAUCUGAGUUCCUUUUUUCCAAACUCCCAUGCUUUUUAUUCACCUCGCCUUGUAUCAUGUGGUAGACAUGUUUUUUUUUAAAUCUUUAAUCCAAUCAAUCAAAAUGGCUGCCAUAACAAAAGCCAUUUCAACACGAACAACAAACUUUGUCAUGGUGUUUUUUCAAUGAAACCCAUUAAAUAAUAUUUUGGAGCACUGUAGAAAGGCAAGUGGACUACAACUCAGUGAAUAACCUAGUCAGCAUGCAGGCUAAUGUUGCAUUCAUGUCAAAUGGGAUAGUUCAGAUGGGGACUGUAAAGCUCCAACUAUCACCGUAAUUAUUCGGUUAUUCUGUGUUACAAUAUUCUAUUGCUUUUUGUCAGUUUCUCAUUUGUUAGCCAUAUGUAAGUAUAAUAAGUAUGUUUUAUAUGUCCAAAAUUGUUGGAUGGCUUUGUUCAUUUCAAUGACAAACUGUGAUAUAUCCAUACACCAAAUUUUCGAAAUCAUAAUGUUUUCAGGUUGGAGGCUGAUUUACAUUCUCUCCUGUGUGACAUGAAUACAGCUUGAGAAGUUUAAGGUGAUCAGACUAAAUGUUGCAUUGUAUUGUAUGUACACAAAUUGAAAAAGAUUUUUAUUACAGUCUUUAGUCCCAAACACCCAAUGUACAGAUGUUAACUUUGACCUAACUUGUAGGCCUACUGUAUUCGCCAAUUUACUUGAGUUCUUUCUGAUAUUUUUCUCCAGACCCCCAUUUUCAAUUCAUGGCAUUGUGUUAAUCACACUGUAGAAUGGUUGGCACCUUAUCCAUUCCCACAAUUUUUGUUUAGAAAUUUGUCCAAUUUGUUAUGCAUACAAAAAAAACAGCAAUAGGGUUAUGCAGGAUACGUUUAAAACUACAAUAUUUACAGCAUGAAGAUAUAUAAAUUCACAACCCACUUUGAAAUGAAAUGAGCUGAGGUUUUAAUUUUUGCAGAGAAAGAGAAAACUGUUUGAUUAACAGAAUACGUUUUAAGAAGUUGGCGUGCUCUGUGUCUCACUUGUCCUACUACCAUAUAAGUCAUCUAGUCAUUGUCUUUGCAGACUUAUGGACUGCCAUUCAGUGAUUUGCUCAUGUUUCUUUAGUUUAUAUAAUCAUUCAGUGAGUGCUCAUUCAUUUUACCACAGAGUUUUGCUGCUCUUACUGUAGUUACUUUGCUGGUCAACAGGGCUAUUAGACCCUCCAAUGCU